CUGGCCCGUGCAUAUCGUCGGAUAUCUGCAUAUGUUCCCGGUCUCUCGAGAUCUCAACUCAAUGGGCAGCGAUGAUCGUCAGAUAUGGUGAUAGGACUUCAGUGGUUGUGAGCAUUUUGGCUUUGACAGGUGCUUCCAUUGGUGCUUCUAGCGCUUCGGCGGCGUCUUGGUCGUUAAGUAGGCGUCUGAGCCGUUGCUCGACCUACCAUUUGGAGUGUGGCGUGCGAGCUACCAUGGAUAUCUUCUUUCUCGGAUCAAAAGGCACGAUUUUUAAGCAAGCUGUACGCUGUUUGUCGCAUCUCUGGGCGUAACGUUUCGUAUCAUGAAUAUUCCGUGGAUGAAAUAACUUUGGCAAAGGAGGUUUCCGGUGGUGAAAUCUUCAGUGGGACCAGCCUCUUGAGUGGGAUGGGAUGAACCUUGACACCGCGGAUGUAUGGUUAGGCGGAGUAGCUUCCAUGGGGGGCUCUGGUGAGCUAGGUCUCUUCUGAGAAGCCUCGAAUAAUUCAAUCCUCGAU